CGACUACACAUGCUAAGCUAAUAUGCUACACGCCCUGAGGACGACUUCGCUUGUGGGCUUCAUUACGACGGAGAGAAUCUAGGUGUUUCUUCAAGACCUUGAUAUUAAACUCAUUGAAGAUGCCUGUCCUGUGCAGUGGCUGUGUGGAGAGACGUGCUGUGUUGAAGCGCCCGAAGACGGGCCACUCGCUGUGUAAAGAGUGCUUCUUCUGGGCCUUUGAGGAGGAGGUCCAUCAGACCAUCGCGGCAGCAAAGCUCUUCAGUCCCGGUGAAACUGUCGGAAUCGCUGCUUCAGGUGGAAAGGACUCCACGGUGCUGGCUCACGUAAUGAAGCUCCUGAAUGAGAGGUACAGCUAUGGCCUUCAGCUUUCACUGUUGUCUGUGGAUGAGGGCAUCACUGGUUACAGAGACGACUCUUUGGAGACAGUGAAGAGGAACCAGCAGCAGUAUGAGCUGCCACUGAAGAUUGUGUCUUAUGAGGAGCUGUACGGCUGGACCAUGGACGCCAUAGUGAAGCAGGUGGGCCUGAAAAACAACUGCACUUUCUGUGGAGUGUUCAGAAGACAGGCACUGGACAGAGGAGCCAUCAUGCUGAAAGUGGACAAGAUAUGUACAGGUCACAAUGCUGACGACGUGGCUGAAACCGUUCUGAUGAACAUCUUACGCGGUGACAUCGCUCGUCUGCGCCGCUGCACUGCCAUCUCCACAUACAGCGAGGGUGAUGGUGUAGUGCCGCGCUGCAAGCCACUCAAAUAUGCAUAUGAAAAAGAAAUAGUUCUUUAUGCGUAUUUUAAAAAGUUGGACUACUUUUCUACUGAAUGCAUCUAUUCUCCAAACGCCUAUCGCGGCCAUGCAAGAACCUUCUUAAAGGACCUGGAGAGCAUUCGGCCCAGCUCCAUCAUAGACAUUAUACACUCUGGGGAGAACCUGUCUGUGCGGGAGGGGGUGAAGAUGCCUGUGCAGGGGACCUGCACCAGGUGCGGCUACAUAUCCAGCCAGGCGCUCUGUAAGGCCUGCGUGCUGCUGGAUGGGCUGAACCGAGGCCUGCCCAAGCUGGGUAUCAGCAAACACCACCGUCUCCAUGACAAACUGGUGUCCCAGCAGCCUCUCACUGAGAACGAGGAGAGGAAGCUGAAACCUGUGGACUUCUGAAAGAUUUGAACAGUUUUCUGAAGCUGCACAUACACAAUUGGGUCAAAAAGUAUUUGGACAGUGACCCACCAUCAGACUGGAGUUGAAAUGACAGAAGUGACAGUAUAGACUUUCAUCCUUGAAGGGCAACUCUAAGGUUUUUCAGUCUGGGCUCUCUCUAGAUGUUUUUGGACCAAAUUUGGAGUUGGGAUAAAAACACUUUUUGAUACAUUUGUGUCUUCAGUCUCACCAGGAAGAGGUUUAAUGUGAAGGGGUUAUUUCACAGAGCGCUGUUCUGCCAGCCCACUCAUCAGCAUUCUCUACACAAUGAAAAUGGGCUACCAAGAUAAAAAAUGAAAAUAAAAAAAUAAAAUAAUGUUUUAUUACUCUGUUUCUGACAUACACCACACGGUGCAGUACCGACCAGAACCACUGGGUUGAAACGGGGCUGUCGGCAGACGCUGGAUCAUCGUCUAGGUGUGACAGCUGCAUUCAUUUAUCAAACAUAUGACAGCAUGCCCCAGAGUUUUU